AUGAACACGCCCGAUCACGACACUUUUCCUUUCAUCCACUCCUCUGUCAUGAGCGCGCAAGAAUACUACCAGCAGCCGUCAGGCGCGCCGCCGCCCCCGGCACCGCAGAACGCGUACCAACCCAACCAGUACGCGUUCAAUGCGCCGACGGGCGGCCAGGGUGGCGACUACGCGAUGAAGCAGUCGCAGCCGUACGCCAACUCGUACCCGCCGCCCGCUGGCCCGCCUGCUGGCCACCCGACCGCUUCGCCGGCCGGGAUGCAGUAUCCAGACCCCGAGUACGGAGGAGCCGGAGGCAACAAGUUUGGGGACACGGCGCCGUUUUCGCAGGCGACAGAGAAGACGGGGGCGCGGUUCCGGCCCAAGUCGCGUAUCCGUGACCCGAUUUUCCUGGUUUUAUUCAUCGCGGCGAUCGGAGGAUGGGUUGCGUUGUCUGUCAUCGCGCUGCGCACGUUUGUGUCGCUCAACGGACUCGGAGGCGGACUUGGAAACCAGGUCCAGGGCGGAACGGGCACAGGCAUCACGCUCGACCGCCACACGGCUUACCUCUUGCUUACAGUGUGUGGUAUGGCGCUGGUAAUCGCCGCUGCAUGGCUCGGACUGGUUCGCAUGUUCACCAAGAUCAUUAUGGAGAUCACGCUCGCCCUCACAGUCCUACUCAACAUCGGCAUCUGCAUCUACUACUUCAUCAUCAAGUACUGGUCUGGGGCGAUCAUUUUCCUCGUCAUCGCACUCAUUUCGGUCAUCUGCUACUGGUCUAUGAGGAAGCGCAUCCCUCUUGCCAAGUUGCUCCUCCAGACGACAAUUGACAUCACCAAGCACCACCCGUCGGUGUACUUUGUUGUUCUCCUGGGACUGCUCGUGCAGGCGGCGCUGAGCGUGUGGUUCUCUUUCACAGCCAUCGCAAUCUAUGUCAAGUGGACACCCGGUAGCGACGCGUGCACAGCGACCUCGUGUUCGAGUGGCAAGGUCGCAGGCCUCAUCUUUUACGCCAUUUUCGUGUUCUACUGGUCGUCGCAGGUCGUAUCCAACGUCAUCCUCUGUACGCUCGCUGGCGGUGUCUUCGGCGGAUGGUACUACUACGGGCCCCGGGCGAACGAUGGCUCUGGCCUGCCGAAGAAUGCGACAGGAAAGGCGUUCGCGCGCGCGUCGACGAUGUCUCUCGGUUCAAUCGCGUUCGGCUCACUCAUUGUCACCCUCCUCGAGAUCCUCCAGACUCUUUUCCAGGCCUUGCAAAACUACCAGGCGCAACAGGGCGACACGAUCGGCAUGAUCCUUGCGUGUUGCGCGACAUGCUGCAUCUCGUUCAUCCGUUGGAUCGUCGAGUGGUUUAACAAAUACGCGUACAUCGAGAUUGCGCUGUACGGCAAGCCAUACAUCCAGGCGGCCAAGGACACUUGGCGCCUGAUGAAGGACCGCGGCAUCGACGCGCUUGUCAACGACUCGCUCGUCGGCACCGUCAUCCUCUGGGGCAGCUACAUCAACGGCUUCCUCUGCGGCCUGUAUGGUUUCCUGUAUCUCAAAUUCACCGAGCCGUCAUACAACCGCGAAGGGCAGUACACGGCCCCAGUGGUGCUGUUUGCGUUCGCGAUCGGCAUCAACCUCUCAUUCACCAUUGGAAGCGUGCUUGACGCCGGCGUAUCGACCAUCUUUGUUGGCCUCGGCGAGGACCCCAUGGUCCUGGGACAGCGCGCGCCUGUCCUCUUCGAACUUAUUCGCCAGACCUACCCCCGCGUCGUGCAGGGCAUCCCUAAUGGCCGCAACAACGACAUGUACUACUAA